GAAAAAAAACUGAAAGGAAGCUGCACUUUUAGAGCGAGAAAAACUGGAGACUUUUAGAGAGAGAAAGAGAUCAAUUCGUCGUUGAUGAUCCAUGUCGAAGAUGAAGCAUCUUCUCCGGAAGCUCCACAUCGGCGGCGGAGGGGGUGGUGGCGGAGGAUUUGUCGACCAUCACAGGUUGGAUGAGUCGACUCGGUCGGUGAUCGCUCCGAGUCCGAUUCCAAGCCCUAGCCCUAGCCCCGCGUCGAGUUCGUCGGUUUCUUCCUCCGGAUUCGAUUCUGGUUCGUCGGCAAUACGGAGAGUGGCGGGGGGGGGGCUGGCGGGUCGUGAUCUGACGGCCGUGGACGGUGUGGAUUUCAAUAUGAUGGAGGAGGAGUUCCAGGUCCAGUUAGCUAUGGCGAUCAGUGCGUCUGAUCCUGAUUCGCGGGAAAAUGCGGACACAGCGCAGAUCGAUGCUGCCAAGCGAAUUAGUCUCGGGGUUCCGGCUCCGGCCACCGACGCGGAUUCCGUCGUUGACUUUCUGUCGCUUCGCUAUUGGGGGCAUAAGGUUAUUAAUUAUGACGAGAAAGUCAAGGAUGGAUUUUAUGAUGUCUAUGGGAUUACCUCGAAUUCUCUUUCACUAGGAAAGAUGCCACUGCUGGUGGAUCUUCAAGCGAUAUCUAUUUCAGAUAAUGAUAAUAUUGAUUAUGAGGUCAUUUUGGUGAAUCGAUUGGUGGAUCCUGAAUUGUGCGAGCUUGAGAAAAGGGCUAAUGCCGUGUCUUUGGAAUGCGUAGCUUUUGCGCGUGGUCUGGUUUCGAGUGAUUUGAUCCAACGCAUCGCAGGUAUAGUUGUAGAGAAAAUGGGUGGUCCGGUUGAGAAUGCUGAUGAAAUGGUGAGAAGGUGGACAGUUAGGAGCUAUGAACUAAGGAGUUCUUUGAACACCAUUAUUCUUCCGCUUGGGCGCCUUGAUGUUGGUCUUGCACGUCACAGAGCUUUGCUUUUCAAGGUGCUUGCUGAUAGGAUUAACCUCCCAUGCAUGCUGGUAAAGGGCAGCUAUUAUACGGGAACUGAUGACGGGGCUGUGAACUUGAUUAAGCUAGAUGAUGAAAGUGAAUACAUUAUUGAUUUAAUGGGUGCUCCGGGUGCUUUAAUUCCCACCGAGGUUCCCAGCAGUUAUCUUCCAAUUUCUUACCCAGAUUCAAGAGUGUUUUCUGAUCCUCUGGACGUACGGGGAAGUUCAUGUGCAGUUCUUGACAACAAAAUUAGAACUGCGGUAAUUUCAGUUCCUGAAGUAAAAGAUCCUGGGUGUGAUAUAGACACAGACUUUUACUCUGGAUACCAUAAAGACAGCAAUGAAAAAUUUGCUGUCGAGAAACAUCAAACUGAGAGGUUUGAGCAUGACUUCGGAAAGCUAAUGCAAACACAACAGAUGUCUGGUGAAUAUAUGCCAGUAGCUUCCGCAAAACCAACAUGUGCACAAAAAGUUAAAGUUAAGAAUGUCUCAAAGUAUGUCAUUAGCGCCGCAAAGAACCCUGAAUUUGCUCAGAAAUUACAUGCUGUCUUGUUAGAGAGUGGUGCAUCGCCUCCCCCAGAUUUGUUUAUGGAUAUCAACCCCCAAAAUCUGAGGGAACAGAAGGAACAGAAUGAGCAUCAAGAAGUCCGUCAAGAAAGUAGCAAUUGUUGGGUUUAUGGUGAAAAGAUAGAGGAGCUGGUAGUUGAACAACUAAGAGAAUCUGAAGCAAAUCCAAUGGUGCUGCGAAAUUCGGCUCUUUGUACCUCAGCUGAGUCCUACCAACCGGUGGAGGUUGAUUUCUCAACAAACAGAAACUUCGAUGUCAAUAAUUUUGGUGAAGUAUCUGCCAUCGGAGCAAUGGAGACUGAUAUUGCUUCUGGAGGGACUGUUAUUUGCAACAGUCGUGAUCAAGGAGUUAAUCCAUUGCUUGGUGAGGCUGCAAAAUGGGAAAUUCUGUGGGAAGAUCUUCAGAUCGGCGAGCGCAUUGGCAUUGGUUCAUAUGGCGAGGUUUACUGUGCCGAGUGGAAUGGAACUGAAGUUGCUGUGAAGAAGUUUCUGGACCAAGAUUUCUCUGGUGAUGCAUUGACACAGUUUAAAUCUGAGGUUGAAAUAAUGUUGAGGUUAAGGCAUCCAAAUGUUGUUCUUUUCAUGGGAGCAGUUACCCGUCCGCCGCAUUUCUCCAUUCUGACAGAGUUUCUACCCAGGGGCAGUUUGUAUAGAUUACUCCAUCGGCCCAAAACUCAACUUGAUGAGAAGAGGCGGAUGCAGAUGGCUCUUGAUGUGGCAAAGGGGAUGAAUUACUUGCACACAAGCCAUCCGACCAUUGUACAUAGAGAUUUGAAAUCUCCAAACCUUCUUGUCGAUAAAAAUUGGGUUGUGAAGGUUUGCGAUUUUGGAUUGUCACGCAUGAAGCACCAUACUUUCUUGUCUUCAAAAUCGACAGCAGGAACGCCCGAGUGGAUGGCUCCAGAAGUCUUGAGAAAUGAACCGGCAAACGAGAAAUGUGAUGUGUACAGUUUUGGUGUUAUAUUGUGGGAGCUAGCCACUACACGUAUCCCGUGGAAAGGUCUGAACCCGAUGCAGGUUGUUGGAGCUGUCGGGUUUCAAAAUCGACGGCUUGAAAUCCCAGAAGACAUUGAUCCAACUGUUGCAAAGAUUAUCCGUGAAUGUUGGCAAACGGAGCCGCAUUUACGUCCUUCUUUUACACAACUAAUGCACCGUCUGAAGCGGCUUCAGCGUCUAACCAUUGAAACCAGGUCGAACUCUGGAGAAAACGUCGGAAGUUCGAUAUAACACUUUGUCACCGGAGUUUCUCAUUCCCGGUCUGGUUCAAAGAGCUGAUGAUUGGGGGGAUCAACUCCGGGAAGGUAAAAAGAAAAAAACCCUGAAACCGAAACACCAUUUUUCGUCCUUUUUUUGUACGGUAAGAUCAGUCAGAGAAAAAAAAAAUUACAUGGUAGGGGGGAUGGGGAUGAAAGCUGUUGAGUUCAUUCGAAGUGGGAACUCAACAAGAACAGAAAAAAAAAAGGCCCCUAUAAAAGCCCUUUGUAACUAUCGCUACUACUAUAUAUUAUUGUUGCUACUUAUAACUAGUACAUUAGAACAAACAAAAAAAAA